CUUGUGGCGGAGGAGUCGGCUUUCAGUCGUCAGAGGUGCACAGUCCCCUCAAGCCGCUGUAUCCUUACACACAUACACGCGCUCACGCCGUGUCUGAGUGACUGGAUGCUGAGAGGGAGAAAAAAGCGGACUGAAACGUUUAGCAGCAGAGCACUGCAGGGGAAGAAACCGCUUCUUUUUUCCACAGAAACCGGAGAGCUUCCAGCUGAUCCAGACGUGCUCACCUGACACGGGGAAGGGGACGCCGAAAAAAGAAGGACCCUUCACUGGAGGACUACCGGAUUCAAAAAUUGGCGGAAUUGGCUCAACUGUCAUUUAAGUGGAUAUUAUGUAAAAACAAAAGACGCCCAGUCCAGCAGGUCAGCACUGCUCCAUUCAAGAUUUUUUGUCCCUGUGGAUUGUCUGUCGUUGUGGGGGAGAAUUGGAAACCCGUUGCAUACUAAUCAGUGUUGGAGGGGGAUAACCAGAGAGCACAUCCAAAGCUACGUCCGAUGAAUGUGUAACAGAGCGCAGCCAUGCUGAUAUCAAGUAAAGGGUCAGGACGGAGGGCAUGGGUCAGUGGACCCUGUGUGAGUUCAAGUCUCUGGCGAUGGUCGCCAGUCUUUUAUUCCUGCAUCGUCCUUGUUCUUGUUCAGUCUACAACUGUCCUUGGAGCACUUGAACUCCAGCUGGAUGAAGAGCAGCCAGCAGGGACCAUCGUUGGGGACAUCAGUGCUGGGUUACCACCUGGCGAAAGCGCAAGUCUUUACUUUAUCUCUGACCACGAGGGUACAGGCGUUGGCAACGACCUAAACAUUGAUGAAACCACGGGAAUCAUUACCACUGCGAGGCGUCUGGACCGCGAGCAGAGGGACCACUAUAGUUUCAUUGCAGUGACAAUGACGGGAACCACAAUUGAGGUGUCAAUCACUGUGAACGACAUCAACGACCAUGCGCCGAUGUUCCCCAAAGAGAAAGCUGUUCUGAAGAUCCCUGAGCACACAGCAGUGGGAACAAGGUUUUCCCUGGAGCCUGCAACAGAUGCCGACAAAGACCAGCUGACCACCCAAGGCUACACUAUCAGAGAGGGAAAUGUAGGCCAGGCAUUCAAACUGGAGACCAAGAGAGCUGCCAACAAAGUGCUUUAUCUAGACCUGGUUGUCAGUGGACUGUUGGACAGGGAGAAACGCUCAUCCUACACCCUGGUUCUGGAGGCCUUUGAUGGUGGCUCACCAAGAAGGAUGGGAUCCAUGACCCUGGAGGUUACAGUGACUGACAUCAAUGAUCAUGCUCCAGUAUUCAAUCAGAGCAGAUACCACUCUAUUAUCUCUGAAAGUCUCCCACAAGGCAGUAGCAUUCUACAGGUGUUUGCAACAGAUGAAGACGAAGGUGAUAAUGGCCUGGUCCUUUAUGAGAUCAACCGGCGACAGAGUGACCCCGACCGCUAUUUUGUGAUGGAUGUCAAAUCUGGCGUCAUCACAUUGAACAGGCCCCUGGAUUAUGAGUUGAAGAGAGUCCAUGAACUAGUGGUCCAGGCAAGAGAUAAUGCCAGCCACCCUGAGGUGACCAAUGCUUUUGUGACCAUUCAUGUCCGUGACUACAAUGACAACCAACCCACUAUGACCAUCAUCUUUCUCAGCGAGGAUGGCUCUCCAAGAAUCUCCGAGGGGGCCCAACCAGGCCAGUACGUAGCUCGGAUAUCCGUCACCGACCCAGACUACGGAGAAUACGCCAAUGUGAAUGUAUCCCUGGAGGGGGGUGAUGGGAAGUUUGCUCUUACAACCAAGGACAGCAUCAUCUACCUGAUAUAUGUUGACCAGGUCUUGGACAGAGAGGAGCGGGAUUCGUAUGACCUCAGAGUUAUGGCCACAGACUCCGGCACACCUCCCCUCAGAGCGGAGUCAUCUUUCACCAUCCAGGUGACUGAUGUCAAUGACAACCCCCCUCUGUUCGACCAGCAGGCCUACCGACAAACCAUACCGGAGGUUGUGUAUCCUGGCUCCUUUGUUCUCCAGGUCACUGCCAGGGACAAGGACCAGGGGCCCAAUGGAGACAUCAGAUACAGUCUCCUUAAGGGCAAAAACUCUCACUCUGAUUGGUUUUCCAUUGACCCUGUAACUGGGAUCAUUACCACAGCAAUGGCUCUGGAUUUUGAAUCAGAGCCAGCACCAAGUGUGACUGUGGUUGCGACGGAUAGCGGCAAGCCACCGCUGUCAUCCACAGCCAAGGUGGACAUAGUUCUUCAGGAUGUUAAUGAUAACACACCUGUGUUUUCCAGCAACUUCUACAAUGCAUCCAUCAAGGAGAACACCCCAGCUGGGACCUGCUUCUUAGAGGUGUCAGCUGCAGACCAGGACCGUGGAUCUUUUGGUGCUAUAACCUACACUCUAGGCUCUGGAUCUGGAAGUAUGGCGCCAUCCCAGUUCGCCAUAGACAAGGAGACUGGACAGCUCUGCACCAGCACAGCUCUGGAUCGGGAUCAAGGAUUGGACAAGUUUGAUCUGACUGUCACCGCAACGGAUGGUGGUGGUUUGAGCUCAGUAGCCCAUGUUCAAGUCAGUGUGGUGGACAUCAAUGACAACCGGCCUGCUUUCUACCCAGUCCUCUACAGAGUUAGUCUUAGUACCCAUAGUGCCCCAGGAACCUCUGUCGUCAAAGUAAUGGCUAAAGACCCAGAUGCCGGGGAAAACGGGAGGGUCACCUACCGCACCGUACCUGGAGGGGGCUCUGCUUUCUUCACUCUCAAUAAGGACACAGGUGUUAUUUCUCUCUCACGCUCACUCCACGGUAAAGCCAACACAGUCAUCUCCAUGGUGAUAUCAGCCGAGGAUGGUGGAGGCUUAACCGCACCAGUCAAUGCCCGGGUCAACAUCAGCGUGGUUGGAGGCUCUGUGGCGUCUCCGGUGUUUGAGCAGGCACAGUAUUUCUUCACUGUAUCUGAGGAUGUUCUGAGAGGGACGGCGUUGGGAGUCGUACGUGCUUCUACAAAGACAGGUGGUUCUAAGGAUAUUUUCUACUCCAUCUCCUCCGGGGACCCAGAUGGUUACUUCACAGUGGACAGUGCCUCUGGUACCAUUCGCACUGCCCUCCCAUUGGACCAUGAAACCUGCUCCAGUCUUGAUCUGGAAAUCCAAGCACGCUCUGGCUCUCCUCCGGCGUAUGGAACCAGUCGGGUACGAAUAACUAUCUCGGACAUCAACGACAAUGCUCCAACUUUCCUCCCUUCGUCCUCAGAGUCCCUCCUUCUACCUGAGAUCACCAAAAUGGGGACGGUUAUCUACACCAUCCAGGCCACUGACAAGGACUCAGGUCAUAAUGGUCAGCUUAGCUUCGACCUCGUCUCUGCUGGAGCUGCAGGCAGCAUUGGACAGAGGACAUUUGGGGUCGACCGAGGAAGUGGGGAGGUGCGUCUGAUUGGUAGUCUGUCAUACGAAAGUGUGCCACGCUAUGACCUUCAGGUGGUCGCCAAGGAUGGUGGAGCCCCUCAGCUUAGCUCCACCUUCACCCUUGUGAUCCACAUUCAGGCUCAGGAUGCACAAGGGCCAAACUUUGACACUCUGAUUUAUCGCGUGGAGCUCCGGGAAAACACACCGCUGAACACACGUUUCCUUCAGGUUCGGGCUCUAAACAGAGAGGCUUCUGGGAAUGGCGGGAGCUCCUCCUCGUCUUCUGCCACCUCUAUUUCUUAUCGCCUCAGGCCAGACGGUGAUGCUGCAGGUUUUGGCAUCAUGCCUGAUAGUGGUUGGCUGUUUGUUCGUAGCUCUUUGGACAGAGAGGUCAAAGACAUGUACCUACUGACAGUCCUGGCCACUUCAGGCCCAGGAGGGAUGGGGAGAACUGGCAGUGCAACAGUCAGAGUGACGGUAACCGAUGAGAAUGACAAUUCACCCAGGCUGAGUCAGGAGAGGGUAUUCCUGGCUGUCAGGGAGAAUCUGCUGGCGGGGACGGGCUUUGGCAGGGUGUCUGCGACGGACAGGGAUGCUGGAAUGAACUCUCGACUGACCUACAGGCUGCUGCACGCUGACAGACACUUUCAGAUCAACUCUCAGACAGGUGAGAUCAGCACCCGCCUCGCUCUAGACAGAGAGCAGCAGUCCAGUUAUCAGCUGGUUGUUGUCAUACAGGACGGUGGGACGCCUCCUCGCAGCGCCACUGGCACAGCUCACAUCACUGUGCUGGACGAAAACGACCACACCCCCAGUUUCACUCAUGCCAGGCCAGACAGGGAGCUCCUGCUGCAGGUGAUGGAGGGUCUCCCAUCUGGGACCGUCGUAGGUACAGUAACAGCUAAAGACCCAGAUGAGGGAGAGAAUGGGACUGUAUACUACUCUUUAUCAGGACCUAGAGCAGAGCGUUUCUCCUUAAACCCAACCAGUGGCGAGCUGAGAACCGCUUCCCCUCUGAGAUGGGCCGAGCGAUCUGAGUACACCUUCACUGUGACUGCUGCUGACCACGGUACACCAGGUCUGAGCUCCACCUGCCAGCUACGGAUACAGAUUCUCAGCUCCACCAGGUCAAGCCCCAAGCCCAACACGCUCCGCAUGACCUUGAACACAGUGGAAGGAGCAGCACCAGGCUCGAUCAUCGGCUCUGUCCAACCACAUGACCAGCAUGAAUCUGCUCUAUUGGACGGUCAGGUGACCUACCUGGUAGUAGGCGGAACAGACCGGGAUGGGACUUUCAUGGUUGACCGUUUAAAGGGUGACGUGAUCCUCGUACGAGAGCUGGACUAUGAGAAGGGGUCAAGGUACACGCUGCAGAUUGAGGUGUCUGACUUUUCCCAAGCAUUUCCCAGCAGCCACCUGGUGCAGCUGGAUAUCAACGUGCAGGACAGCAAUGAUCAUGCCCCUCAGUUUACUGAAGACCCUGUUACCAUAGUGAUACCUGAGAACAUAGAGCCAGGGGCUUCCAUAUACACUUUCCAGGCUCUGGAUCAGGACGGCAGUGGACCCAAUAGUGAAGUCCUUUACUCCAUCGAGCAUUACUGGCCUGACACACCUGACCUCUUGACCCUUGACCCAGCCAGUGGAGUCCUCACUCUGGGGCAGAAGCUGGAUCGUGAGUCUACACCAUCCCUCUUCCUCGUGGUACGGGCCACAGACCAGGCGGCGGAUCCCUCUCAGAGACACUGGGGGUCGGUCACAGCCCGGGUGUUUGUGACAGAUGAAAAUGACAAUGCGCCGGUGUUCAACUCUCCGCCUGCUGUCAGUGUCAUGGAGGAUCAGCCUGUAGGAUUUGUGAUUUUGUAUGUGAUGGCUCGAGAUGAAGAUGAAGGAGAAAAUGGGAGAGUGUCGUACAGAAUCCAGGCAGGCAACAGCGCCGGUCGCUUUAGUCUGAACCCCAACACUGGCUCUCUCUCCAUUCUGAAGGCCUUGGACAGAGAGGAGCAGGAGGUCUUUAACCUGACCAUUGUAGCAGAGGAUCAUGGGAUACCUCAGCUGUCCACUUCCCAGGUGCUGUGUGUGCAGGUGAUUGAUGUGAACGAUGAAGCUCCAGUGUUCCAACGAGCAGAGUUCGAGAGUCAGGUGAUGGAAAACCAAGGACCAGGAACCACGGUGCUGAAAGUGACCGCUACUGACAGGGACCAAGGAUCCAACGGCCAAGUGACAUAUGGAGGUGUGACUGAGGAAGGCUUCAUCAUCAACCCCGUGACUGGAGUCAUCACCACCACGAGAGAGCUGGACGCAGAGCUACAGAACCACUACACACUUACUGUGUAUGCCAGGGAUGGAGGGCUGCCUCCUAACUUUGCCAAAGCUGUGGUUCGUGUGGAGGUGCAGGAUGUGAAUGACAACACUCCAGUUUUUGCAAAGUCAUGGUACGGACUGGAUGUGCCGGAAAAUCAGGCCCCUGUGGAGCUGUGUUUUCUCAAGGCCACAGACCCGGACUCAGGUCCUGGUGGAGAACUGGAGUACAGGAUCACUGCCGGAGACUCUGAUGGAGAUUUUCAACUGGACAGCAGCACAGGAGCUCUCUCCACCUCCCGUGGACUUGACAGGGAGACUAAGGCUGAAUACUCCUUGGAGGUGGUGGCGACAGACCGAGGAAGCCCUUCCCUAAGCACUACCGUGACUGUAGAAGUCAAAGUGCUGGAUGUUAAUGACAACAGCCCUGUGUUUAGCAAAGGGAGCUACUCUGUGGAAGUGUCCGAGGAUGCUGCAGAGGGCUCACAAGUUCUGGAGGUGGCAGCUGUAGAUGCUGAUGAAGACCUGAAUGGGAAGGUUCUGUAUUUCCUUAGCAAAGAGGCGCAUGGAGCAUUCAGUGUGGAUGAGAACACUGGAAUUAUCACUACAUCCGCUCCUCUGGACCGGGAAAAACUGGCUUCAUACAGCUUUCAAGUGUUUGCUGUAGACCUUUCACCUGCUGCACCUAGGAACUCCUCAGCUCAGGUGACAGUCACCAUCCUAGAUGUCAACGACAACACCCCCUUCUUCAUCCAGGAUCCACUUGUCAUUGAAGUGUCCAGCAGACGUUCCCAGCGGGUUCUAGCCACCAUGAAAGCUGAGGACAAAGACUUUGGGGCAAACGGUUCUGUGUUUUACCGUUUCGCCAUGCCAGUGAAGGGCUUCAGCAUCAACUCCCUGACAGGGGAGAUACAGGCCACGGAGCCACUGGCAGAUUUAACCCAGGCUCAGAGGACCCUGAUAGUAGAGGCCAUGGACCAGGGCAGUCCAGCUCAAUCUGCCCAGGGAGUGGUGGUGAUUUAUGUGAAGGAAGUGGAGUACAGUGGAAUUCGCUUCUCUAGAAAUGCCAGAGAUGUCAGCCUACAGGAAAAUGCUGCAAAAGGCACAGCUGUGGCUCAAGCUCAGGCUCAGCACCCGGAUGGGACACGGAAGGGUAUCAGUUACAGCCUUUUUAGUGGGAACAAAAAGCAGGCCUUUACCAUCAGCUCCACAACAGGUGAAAUCAGGGUGCAGAGCUCCAAGGGGCUGGACUUUGAAGACACCCCCAGACUCCGUCUUGUAGUCAAGGCAGAAAGUGUGUCCUCUACAUCAUUCAUGGCUAUAAACCUGAUUUUGCAGGACGUCAAUGACAACCUCCCUCGCUUCCAGCUGCAGAAUUACGUGGCCUACAUGAAAGAAGCACAGGGAUAUGAAAUGCCAAUCAUACAGGUCCUGGCUGAGGAUGUUGAUCAGGGCCAAAAUGGUCAGGUGACGUACUCCAUCCAGUCAUCGGGCAUGAGUGGCCUGUUCAAGAUUGAUCCAGUGACAGGAAGCAUCACCACAGCGGCCAUCAUGGACCGUGAGAUAUUUACCCAGACAAAGCUCGUUGUUACAGCAACUGACAGAGGAAGCCCACGUCUGGCUGGUUCGGCCACAUUAACAGUGAUCAUCGUUGACCAGAAUGACAACAGUCCAACAAUUCCCCUGCCUAAGGAAGUCCGCAUCCCAGAGAAUAUGCUGAUUGGCACAGAGAUCACUCUUGUGACAGGCAACGAUGUCGAUUCCAGUCCUGCCCUCUCCUACUCCCUACAGCUGGAUCCAACAGCGCUGGGAAAAUUUGGAAUUCACCGCUACAGCGGAGGUGUUUCACUCACAGCUCCUCUGGACUUUGAGGAGAAGACAUGGUACACCGUGACUGUCAGAGCCACAGACAGUCAGCACCAAACUGAGGCUAACAUUACAAUUCUGGUGGAGGAUAUUAAUGACAAUGCACCUGCUUUUACACAAGAUUUCUAUCAGGUAACUCUGGCUGAGCACACACCGCCAGGAAGUGCAGUUGUCACUGUAACAGCAACUGACAGGGACUCUGGAGAGAACGGAAAGAUCACCUACAGAGUGAUGUCAUCAACCCAGGAAGGUUUCUACAUAGACCCCAACAAUGGAACACUGUUCAUCAACCACAGAGCGGAGUUUGACCCUGAGCGUCCAUCAGUUAGUAUCAUCAUUGAAGCCUGUGAUGGAGGAUUGCCUUCCCUCUCCUCCCUCACCACUAUCCAGGUUCAAAUCUCUGAUGUUAAUGACAAUGCUCCUGUAUUUCACCACUCAGAGUACAGGGCAACGGUGUCAGAAGAUACUAUUCCAGGGUCAACAGUGCUCACUUUUGAUGCCUUUGACAGUGACCUUUCCAGAGAUAACUGUGGCUUUGACUUUGCAAUUGCCAGUGGAAAUGAGGGAAAUGCCUUCCAGAUUGAGAGCAGUGUGCGCUUCCUGGAGGGGCGGGGCUUUCAGACAGUGGGAACGCUGCUGUUGGCUGAGUGGCUUGACUUUGAAACCAAGCCGCUCUACAACCUCACUGUGGUGGUGUCGGAUCGCGGUGUGCCCCAGAGAAGCUCCAGUGUUGCAGCAGUGAUUACCAUUGGUGAUGUGAAUGACAACCCUCCAGUGUUCAGCAGAGCAGAAUAUACUGUGUCAAUGAGUGAGGGAGCUGCUGCAGGGACUGAGAUAAUACGACUGACUGCUACAGACCCAGACUCGACUCCCAAUGCUGAGGUCCAGUAUACAAUCAGUUCUGGCGAUGAGGUGAACUUAUUUACCAUUGACCAGUGGACUGGAGCUCUGCGUCUUCAGCGAGCUCUUGACCGUGAGCACCAGUCAACACAUAUCGUCAUCAUCCAGGCCACAGAUGGACAAGGCCACUUUGCACUAGCUCCAGUAAUUGUUGAGGUGAAAGACAUAAAUGACAAUCACCCAUUUUUCCCUGUGGAGGUCCUGACAGCUAGUAUUAGAGAAAACCAACCCGCCAACUCAGCUGUGACUGUUCUACAUGCAAUCGACCAUGACACUGGAGUUUUUGGCCAGCUGAAGUACUACAUGGUGGAGCGGGCAGGGGCAGGAAAAGACAGCUUUGCUGUUGACCAGAACUCUGGAGAAAUCAGGAGCAAAAUACCCUUUGACUUUGAAAAGAUCAACUCUUUUAACUUUGUAGCAGUGGCAGUAGAUUCUGGCAACCAUUCAGCCACUGUCACCGUACAAGUGUUUGUCACAGGCGUGGAUGAAUACGACCCACUCUUUGUAGCCUCAGAUUUCUCCUUUGAAGUCCCAGAGGGGGCAAAGAAAGGCCAGAGCAUUGGCCAAGUCCAGGCAAAUGACGAGGAUGAAGGAGUGGAUGGUAUUGUUCUUUACUCUCUUCCAACAAGUUCUCCGUACUUUGAUGUCAACAAAACCACUGGGGUGAUUUUCCUCAAGUUGGAUAGUUCAGGCAGCAGUGGUAGCAGUGGCUCAGGCCGCACCAAACGGGAAACCAGGCUAAUGACCCUGGAUGUCAAAGCCCAUAGUCCUCUAGAUGCAUCUCGCUCUACUACAGCCCAAGUCUCUAUUGAUGUCACAAACACCAACUUUGGUUUAGCUCCUGAUGUCAACAUUUUGCUGAUCAGCAUCAUCACUGUGUCUCUUGGUUUUAUUAUUUUGUUGGUAGUCAUGGCUGUAGUGGUGUUCUUUGUCAAGUCACGCAGAAGGAAGAAAGGCCAGGAUGCAGGAAACAGAACUGUUGCCUCAGGAACUGCCCUGCAGAAAUUGGACGAUUGCAGCUCUGGACAAGGAGGGGACAGGAUUUACCACCAGGCCUUGCCAGGCUAUGCUGGGGAUCAAGGGGCUGGUGGUGGUCCUUACACUAGAGGGGGCUCUCUGGAUCCCUCUCACUCCAGUGGAAGAGGGUCAGCUGAGGCAGCAGAAGAUGAUGAGAUCAGGAUGAUAAAUGAAUACCCCCGAGUUGCCUCCAUCACCUCAUCUAUGCAGGAGCACAUCUCAGCCAGAGGACCAGACUCUGGAAUCCAGCAGGAUGCUGACCAACUCUCUGACAUCUCCUGUGAACCUGCAGCUUUGGAGGGGAGCAGCUGGUUUAAAGGGAAGAAACUAGGAAGUAGUCUCAGUGGGACCUUGCUCUCCGGCCAACUUCCAGUCUACAGGGAUGAAGGCGGAGGGUACCUUGGUGUAGGUCGUGGCCUUAACAUCUCCCUUCCAAAAGAUUAUGCCUUCCCUGAGGAUGGUAAACCUUCAGUGGAUGGUUCCCUCACAGCUAUUGUUGCCAGUGACGAGGAGCUACGUGGAAGCUACAACUGGGAUUACCUUCUCAACUGGUGUCCUCAGUUCCAGCCUUUGGCCAACGUGUUCACAGAGAUUGCCAGGCUGAAGGACGAAACAGCCCAGCAGACCCAGAACCCUCGCCAACCCUUCCAGACCAAGCACAAAAUAGAUCCCAAACCUAGAAUUGACCCUCCACCACUCAUCACAUCAGUGGCCCAUCCAGGAGCCAUGUCAGUUCCACCAAAGGUCCCAGUGAUUGGACGGACAUUCCCCCACUUAGCCUCACUGCGCAGGUCCCCGAUCAGUCACGAGGGAUCUAUUUCAUCAGCAGCAAUGUCCCCUAGCUUCUCGCCCUCUCUGUCCCCUCUAGCAGCUCGAUCUCCAGCUGUUUCUCCUUUUGGAGUCAACCAAGGUCCAUCGGCAUCCAUGAUUAGCACCAGGGAGCCCUCAUUGGACCAGAGUCCUGAUCAUGAGAUGAGAAUAUGAAGUUUGAAAAGUAUUUAUGAACUAUAAAACCGACAACCAGAAGAAGGCUUUGGUUGUUUGGAAUUAGAUUAACUCAAGUGGAGGACAGUUGAAUGGACGUUCUCAUAAAAAACAUUUUUGUCCAGGACAUACUUGACCUUCCACUGGAAAAAUAUUUGAGUAUUUCCGUUGCUCAGCAGUGUUACAGGAUUACACAAAAGUGAAACGUGCCUGGGUUGACAAGACCAUGUCAACAGUGACGCAGGUCUCCAUGAACUGAUCAGGGCCAAGAGCUUAACUCGCCUCUUCAUGGGAAUGUGCACUUAACCAUGCCCUGCAGUCAGAGAUCCCUUAGUGUGUAGAUAAAUAGAUGUGUAGUUUUCUUGUUACCUCACUGGCUGGCCAGAGAGCUAAGGACCUUGUUCUACUCUUUGCGUCUGUGGACAUUUUUACACGUCAGUGUUAACCUUAUCCAGAAGCUGCUUUUAAAAUGGCAUCUGGAUGUUUGUGUGUGAAUCCCAUGGACCGAAAGAUGGUGUUUGUUUUCGCAAAGACAUUGACCCAUUGAGUUGCCAUCACAUAGUGUAAGAGCAAUGGAAAUUAUUGUUUUCUCACCAUUUAAAAAGACACUUCCUUUGAUUUUUACUUUUAUUUUUAUAUAUUUUUAUAUGAAAUUAUGAUUUCAGACCCAGAAAUGCCAUUAUUCAUGGAGAGGUUUUUGUUUUUGUGUAUUUGCAUAUAUGUAUAUUUGUAUGCAGGCUAUGCUAUGUAAUGUGUGUGUCUCAUAGGUUUUUUAGAAACUCUUGUGACAGUUCUGAUGUGAAUGAGCGAAUGAUUUGUGUUUUAGCAUUAUUUAUAUGAAAAGAGGACUUGCUGCCAUAUUUGGACAGGAAACCAAGCACAGCUCACUCCCAGCUGUGUUGUACCUUAAGAUUUUUUUUUUCUUUUUUUUGUCGAAUUGUAGAUCAUCCCAAAUGUAAAAAAAAAAAAAAAAAAAAAAGCAACUGGAUGAAAACCUGUGAUCGCUCUGCUUCUCCAGCAGUCCAGCACUCUGUCAUGGUGUGCCCUCAUGCACAACAGCACAUUCCCCUUUGUUAUUCAGGGACUGCCUAAUUUGCUGAUCACCUCUGUGUCUUUAAAGAAAGUGCUUCCCAAAAUCAGUCAUUAGCUUAAACGCAUAGUACUGUGAAGUUUUUCAUUUCAGCACAACAAAAAAGGCAUGCAAUGAAUAAGCUGAGAUUUUAACAGGAAAGUGGCAUAACUUUGAAAAAUGUAGCACAUAAGCCAGAUCAUUGGGAAGCAAAGGCCUGAAUGCAUGAGCCCUGAUGAAUGUAAAAGGAGCAAGCAACCACUGCAGUAUUUAUUUUCCAUGUUAAGUUCUGUUCUGUGCAUUUUAUUACAAUGAUUCAAUCAUUCUUGUUGUUGCCGGCAUGAUGAGGUGUUUUUGGGGUUCCAUGUGUUUAACUCAUCAUAUGCACCUUCUUUCUUUUCACUCGUCUUUCAGAUCCAGUUUUAGCACUCUGCCAGCAUAGCAAAGAGGCUAAUGGCUUUAAGAUUGUCAUUCUCCCUUGUGUAUUUUUCCCUCUAGCCUGUUUUCUUUUCAUCCUAUGAGGUAAUUGUAUUGAUUGGAUGUCCUCUUGGUUUCAAGAGAUUACCUCUACCUCUGUAUUUGUUUUUGUUUUUUUCAACCCUACCCUACACACCGCCUCUUGCAAAGCUGGCACUAAAAGCUACACAUGCCACGAGCCUAACUUCAGCACAACCUAUUCUUCUUGAUUCAUAAUUAUAAUGUUUCAGAAACAUUUCAGUGUUGGAGGAAAUCCAUUUGGAGUUCAGUUUGAGACCGCUGCCAGAGACUGAUCAGUGGAGCAAUGGGGAAAAAACAAGAGCUGUUCAUGUAUUUAAAGCAAAUAAUAAAUUCCUA